UAUAGCCAAGUCGUCAGAGAAAGCUAUCACUUUUGGAAAUGGGUGGCAAAGGUGGAAGUGGCGGAGGAGGCAAAGGUAGUGGCGGAGGAGGCAAAGGUAAUGGCGGAGGCAGCGGUGGCGGAGGAGGCACAUCCAAAGGAGGCGGUGGGGGAUCGGGAAUGAUGGUGGCUCCAGGUAGUAAAGGUGCAAGUGUUAUUUCAAGGGGAGCUUUUGAGAGCAACCCACAGGCUUACUUCGCCGGCCUCCAUUCAAGCGGAAAGGCCAAUAAAUAA